AUGUCAGGGUGGUGUGUUGAGUAUAUUCAUCUGACUAUUAGUCAGAUUGCAGAAGAUGUGCGAAAUUCGAACAAGACGUGUUGGUUUACAUCAAGAAUAUUCCGAUGUUUUAUUUUAACUUGUUCAUUGCAAUACUCUUCUGAUUAUGAAUAUGCUCGUCUUGAGGUGCAAGCUGCACAAUUAAAAGAACCAAUUCGUUUACCUGAAGAUAAUCCACCACCCCGAGUGUAUCUUAGCGUUGCUGAUCGUCGUAUUCUUGAUUGGCAUAUGGCUAACUUAGAAUUUCCUAAUGCGGCACCAUUAAAUUGUUUAUCGUUGAAAUACUGGGAUCAACGUGUUGAAGUCAAUGUGAAAAAUGGUGAAGAUUCCAAAAAUGAUAUGAUUGAAACCUAUCGAGCUGAAGUAGUCCUUGUUACUGUGCCAUUAGGUGUAUUACAAGAAAAUAUAAUUGUAUUCGAUCCACAACUACUACCUGAAGAUAAACAAUCAGUCUUUGAAAACUUUGGUUUCGGAAACAAAACCAAAGUAAAAUUCAUUGGUUUUUAUUCUUUAUGGAUUAAAAAAAAUUGA